UUUCGGCCGAUUUUGGUCGUUUUCGGUCGUUUUUGGCCGAUUUUGGUCGUUUUCGGCCGUUUUCGGCCGUUUUUGGUCGUUUUUGGGCCGUCGUCGUCUUCGUUGUUUUUAGGCGUCUGAACACUUCAAAAGGCGCUCGUUUGGCUGCUCUCGAUCGCCUUUGCAGAACUCGGAGCCGCUACAUGCAUCGGAGAGCAGCCCGGACUGGAGGAGGAGUUGGUGGGCACAUGGACACAGAGCCACGGCCAUGGCAUCAGACACCACGAAAGCCCUGCAGGGAGCCUCAAUCCUUGCCACCUACAAUGUCCUCUUACAGGUGUCCUUCCGUGUCAUCACAUUCGUGCUUAACGCUUUCAUCCUGCGACACCUCUCCAAGGAGGUGCUGGGGGUCGUCAAUGUCAGGCUCACCCUGCUCUACUCCACCACCGUGUUCCUGGCGAGGGAGGCGUUCCGGCGUGCCUGCCUGAGCCGGGCAUCUACCGCCGACUGGCGUCGCGUCAUCAACCUCCUGUGGAUGACGGUGCCGCUGGGGGCGGUAUGCGCCGGAGCGCUGGGCUACGUGUGGACCAGAUGGCUGGAGGCCCCGGACGCGGAGCACGUGCCCGCCUACCCGGCCGCCGUGUGGGUGUUUGCGGUCUCGGCCGUUGUGGAGCUACUGUCAGAGCCGUUCUGGGUGCUCGCCCAGGCGCACAUGUUCGUGCGACUACGGGUGUCUGCGGAGAGCCUGGCGUUGGGCAGCAGGAGCAUCCUCACCGUGGCGUUGGUGUUCCUCAGGCCGGACUGGGGCCUCUGGGUUUUUGCUUUUUCACAGCUGACGUAUGCAGUUGUCCUGUCCUUCUGCUACUACCGCUACUUCACCCGCUACAUCGGCUCUACAGCUGCCAAGGAUAGCCACUUUCCCAUCACCUCUGUCCGCCAGAUGUUCUUCACUUGGGGCACUCAGCCAUUUGAUUGGGCGAUCGUCUCUUUGACUCGGAGCUUCAUGAUGCAGUCCUUCCUGAAGCAACUUCUCACUGAAGGGGAGAAAUACAUCAUGACUUUCUUCAAUGUCCUCAACUUUGGAGAUCAAGGCAUCUACGACGUGGUGAACAACCUGGGCUCCAUGGUGCCGCGCUUUAUCUUCAUGCCCAUUGAGGACAGCUUCUACGUCUUCUUCGCUCGCUCGCUCAGCCGUGGAAAGAUUGCCAUGGAGCAGAACGAGGAUGACAUCGCCAUCGUGGCCAAGGUGCUGCAGUCGCUGCUCAAGCUGGUGCUGCUCAUCGGAGUCACCGUCCUCACGUUUGGCUUCUCAUACUCGUACCUGGCGCUCGACUUGUACGGGGGGUCGCUGCUCAGCUCCAGCGGCGGGCCGGUGUUACUGCGCUGGUACUCCGCUUACGUGCUGUUCUUGGCGCUGAAUGGCAUCACAGAGUGCUUCGUGUUUGCUGCCAUGAAGCAGAGCGAAGUGGACAGGUACAACAUGAAGCUCCUGGUCCUCUCGGUGGUGUUCCUGGUGCUGUCGUACGCGCUGACGCGAGCAUUCGGCUCCGUGGGCUUCGUCCUCGCUAACUGUCUCAACAUGGCCCUGCGCCUGGCCUCCAGCCUGAACUUCAUCGUCGCCUACUUCCGCGGCACGCCGCACGAGCCGCUCGCCGCGCUGCGCCCCAACCUCGUCCUCGCGUUCACAUUCUUCUGCAGUUGGGUCAUCACCGCCACCUCCGAGUGGGUGCUGUGCUGUGACCACGGCAAGGCUCCACGCCUGCUUCAUGUCACCCUGGGAGCCGCGUGCCUGUCGGCCGUCGUCAUCGUGACUCGCCGCACCGAACGCGAGCUCGUCUCGUUUGUAUGGCAUCAGUUCCUACCCGAGUUUUUCAAAAAGAAGCAGAGCUGACUCUCAGCCACCAUCUCUCUCGCACAUAUAUGGAGUUUUAUAUUUGGAGUUUGCUUGGCUUUCUCACCAUGGUCGCGUGGCUUUUUCUCCGGAUCCUCCAGUUUUUCCCUCCAGAUUUGGAAUCAACAUGCAUUUAGAGUAUUUGGCUGCUAUACAUUUCCAUGUGAUAAGCCACUUCAUUGAGCUAUCAUUUGUGGCCAGGACGCUUCCGAAAAAGAGCUGCAUAGCUAAUUGGGCCUUACCUGGUAAAAUAAACAUAGUUAAUAGUCAGUCUCCCACGUCGAUCUUCAGGGCCCGGUUACAAGAAAUUAAAUGGAUUUCCCUUUUCAAUUCCCAUCUGUUUUGCAACUUGAUGCCCUGGACCUCUUUGUGCCUGUGGGCCCCAGUUCUAGUUGCACUGGCUGCACACGCAGUAGCUAUAAAAUGCUAGCUCCAGUUUAGCAAUUUGGGGGAAAUACAGUUGAACCCGAGCAAGCAACAAAGCGUUCACAAUGUCAAAGGUGAGACGUGAUUGAGAUUCGUCAUUGCUUUUGCAAGUGAGACCAUGUGGCACUGGUUAAAUAUGAUGGGGUUCUUGGUGUUUUUCUUUUUAUUCAAAUUCACCCUUGGCCACUGGCACACCGUGGCCUAUUGCAGCAUGUUCUUGUGACCUCUUUAAAGACCCAGUUACUGUGCAAGCCAUCCACUGCUGCUGACAUUGUGAACCCGGUUUGCAGUUGCCGUGUUACUUUACUGCCACGUAUUUUUUCCGAACGUUAACAUUUUUAAAACUGGUCGCCAGAACAGGCUGCCUUUUGUUAAUGUAAGCUUUCUGUUAGAAUACUUUCAGGCUGUGGUGGCAUUGUUGCUUUGUGCAUUAUUUUGCGAUGCUCUGCACACAUUUUACCAGCUCAUGGCAGGUGAAGGUGUGGGCCUGCAUUGAAACGCAUUUAGGCAGUGCCAAUUCGUCUGCCUAUCGAGUGGGGUUGUUAAAUAGCAUUUUUUUUGUUGCAUGACCGGUAACCGUAUGAACAAAAAUACGGUUACCUGCUUGCGCUGCACAAAUAAAAAUGCCUCGCAAAUAAACUGAACGUGUCCACCUUUUUAACUGAGAAAUGUAAGGAGCUGCCAGAGUAGUUGUAACAAUUGAGUAACCCCCCCCCCCCUGCUGCCUCUGUCCAUCCAACAGUAUAAAUGGAUUCACCACAGUUGAUUGGCCGGUCACUUGUGGUGUGGGUAAAGUGUAGGUACACACAACUCUUCCAAGACGUCUGGUUAGCAUGCAAGAUGAGACCACAUACACCUCGCGUGCACAAGCGAGAGCAAUCGCAAUUGUUGCUUAGGCCACGAUGCCAUUUGUACAUUCACUUGUGUGCCAGUCAGUGCAUUCGCUCCUCACAUUAUUUUGGAAGCGGUUACCAUUUGCCAACUUUCAGAACCGCUAAUCGAUUCAGUUCUUACUGGCUUUCGUUUAACAACCCAACCUAAAGAGGCAUUAAAACGCAUGUUUAUUAAAACAGCUCUGGGUGCAAUUGUGGCAUUAGAGUAGCAAGGCUAAACUGUACUGAAGAUCCCUAAAAAGGGUGAAACCGUUUUGCAGAUGCCGUGUUACUUAGCUACCACCAGAAUUUUAAAGACCAAAAUUUUCUACCACUGAUGGUCCACUGGCUCGGUUGGACUGCUGUGCACUCGUAGCAGUGUUCUCUAGUGAGCUCACAAGGCAUUGUUGGGGGCUUUCCCAUAAUGCAGUACAGCCUAACUAUGGCCACAGUUCUAACUUUUGUGUCAAUUGGUGGUUUAAAACAAUGCUGUGUGCUUUACACACACAACUCUUGUUUAAUGCCACCUGGAAUGCAACGCACUAUUCAUCCUAUGGCCCAGUUGCGCUAUUUACUGACUAAAUUACUUUUUGCAUGAAUACUCUUGUAUUUUCCCGCCUCCAAACACUUUUCUGUCUAAUAAGUUUCUUGUCAUCGACAGAAAGCGCUAGAAUUUGUUUAAUUAUUUUGCUGUGUUUGUGUGUGCUAUGCAAUGAUCUAGUCUUUGCAGUACUACUUUUGAUUAAUUCACAUAUUUAAACAAGUCAAACUCAUUCCACAGUGAUUACUUCACAGCUUUCAAUCGGCAUUUUGUUUUGUUUAUUGUGAUUUAUUUUUUUGCGGUGAGAGCAGCAGUUACAGCGUCCCAGUUUAAACACACACGCAGGGAAGCCAAGGUGGUGGGCGUGUAAAGUGAUGAACGUACAAUAAUAACACCAAACACUUUCAUCCGUUGUCACCGACGUCUUCAAAAUGCAAAUCGAGAGAAGAUUUUGCGCCAGCGCAUAAAAAUGCACCUUGCAUCACGUGCACACAAAAUAAACGCCAUACUGUUUUCACCCCCUCGAUUAAAGUGCCCGUUUGCAAUCAUGGUUGAGGAAGCAAACGUUGAUUUCUUUAAAACGUACUAAGGUUUUAUUAAUUUUUCAUAUUUUUACACCUUGUUCUCGUUUCGCUGUACAACACACCCUCCAUUGUUCCAAAGUCUCCCUUGCAAGAAUAAUGUCUCAUUGGGCUCUCACCUGCGCGGAAUAAAGCAAAUAUAUGUACAGUUGUGUGAAAAUAGUUUGUUGAGUAGCGAUUGAUUAUGGGAGUGUGUAGAGUUGCUUGAUGGCGGAUCGGGGGCUUGUGGGAUUGUUUGACGAGUGCAGGUCUUGAUAGCCACCCGUUUUAUAUCGAAUAAUUAAAUGUAUACACCUUACAUUUAUUUGCAACUUGAUAUUGAAGGACAAAUCUAUUUGUAUUAAAUAUUUCUCAUGAAAUGAAAAUAGCAUGAAAAGAAAAUUGUGGCCAAGUGACUUUGUGAUCAGAGUUCCAAUCGGCGCAGCCACCCAUGAUUAUAAACCCACUUCUCGGCUGAAGUGAGUAAAUGGCCUUGGCAUAUCCAGAAACGACUGCUUGAUUUGGCAAAAUUCAACUCUGCAAUGCGAUGGACAUCUCUCUCUCUCUCUAUAGCAGGGGGCGAGGGUGAGUACAGCGCCCCUCGUGUGAAGUCCCUUGAAGUUCUGUGAUAUAAACUUCUCCACGGGCUAUCCUAUCUAUAACAGGGUGAUACACUGCUGUGUGAAAUUUCCGAAUGGACGUUCCUUUAUAUCAUGAUGUAGAUAACGCAGCUUGAAUACAAUUCCUUAAAAUAAAUAUUUAAUAACUAGAAAAGCUUUUUUUAGUUGGGGUGGAAUUGUUUUCCGCAAAAUGAUUGGCAGGCUGUAGUGUGAGCUUUGUUGACUGAUGGUUUCUUUAAACAAAUCCAUAUUUAUGUUUAUAUCGAAUGUUGUUAUAAGCUUUCAUGCGGUUUGUGUAGGUGAUGUACGCCAGUAGGCCUUGCCGCACAAGCUGUACUGUUACACACCUAGGCGUUGUGUCGCCGUUGUAUCUUGUAUACCAGGAGAACGACGCGAUUGUGGUUAGAGCACUGAACUAUGGUUACUGUGAGCAAGAUUUAUUCCUGGCUGCACCAUCGGCACUCUGAACCUGUCGUGUGUGCCUUUAGGUCCGCUCAACAUAAAAUAUGCGUUUCAAACAUCGUGUCGAUAUCAGCAUUGGAGAGACAAAGGUGGCGGGGAAAUGCCUUUUGCUGUGGCAGCCGUAAAACAGCUGUUCGCCAGCAUCACUUUUCCCAUCAGACUAUGUAUAAAUUAUACACGUAAAAAUAUAUAUUUCUUAAAUGCUUAAGCCAAGCUAUUUACAGCUCAUUUACAGGAACCCACCAAACCGGAUCACAAGAUUAUAAUGGUUGGAGUGGGGUAGAAAACCGAUCGGCAGCCCAGGUAAGAUGGGGUUGGUGUCAUGUUAUAUUAUAGUUUGUCAAAAAUUAAUUGAAACAGAAUAGGCCGUGACUAAAAACAAUGUAACAAUCUGCUGGCUCUGACAAAAUGCAAACGACUUUGUAAGCUUGUAAACUAAAGCAAAAGCAGUCUUCGGUUAAACGCUGUAAAGGUGAAAAGCUACUGAAUAAAAUACUUAAUAUUGACUUAAA